CAGGUGCCACCGGCCCUCCGCAACCGCCGGGCGCUCGGAAAUUUCUGGAGCUACGGCCUGAUGGCCUGUGUUCUGUUCUGGCCCCUCAGCCGCUUCCAGGUCUCGCUUUCCUAGUUCUCCUGUGUACUUCGCGACUAAGUUUUGGAGCAUCGGUUAACAGCUCGUGCGUGAAUUUGGCUUUCAUUCAUGAAUGAGGAACUAUUCUUGACACAAGCAUUUUAAAAGAGAAUUCCGUGCCAUGGCUUCAGCAGUCCUUAGCUCUGUUCUCACAACUGCCUCUCGUUUUGCCCUGUUACAAGUGGACAGUGGCAGUGGUUCUGAUUCGGAGCCUGGAAAAGGCAAAGGCCGGAACACUGGGAAGUCUCAAACUCUGGGAAGUAAAUCAACUACAAAUGAGAGAAAAAGAGAGAAAAGGAGAAAAAAGAAAGAGCAGCAACAGAGUGAAGCGAAUGAGCUCAGAAAUCUUGCUUUUAAGAAAAUUCCCCAGAAAUCCUCCCAAGUCAUUUGUAAUAUUCAACAUGAGCUUUCAUCGCCAGCCCCAGUACAAAAGGAUUCACAAGAAGAAAAUUGGCAAGAGUGGAGACAAAGGGAUGAACAGCUGACAUCUGAAAUGUUUGAAGCUGAUCUUGAGAAGGCAUUGCUGCUAAGUAAAUUAGAGUAUGAAGAACACAAAAAGGAUUAUGAAAAUGCUGAAAAUCCUUCAACUCAGCCAAAAGUUAUAUAUAAAAAAGAUAAAAGAAAGAAUCAUCAGGGAAAAGACAAACCUCUUACAGUGUCACUAAAAGAUUUUCAAUGUGAAGAUCAUAUUAAUAAAAAGACUGAGGAAUUGAGUUCUCAGACUUUAUCACAUGAUGGAGGAUUCUUCAAUAGACUGGAAGAUGAUGUUCAUAAAAUUCUUAUUAAAGAAAAAAGAAGAGAACAACUUACAGAAUACAAUGGAACAGAUAAUUGUACAGCUUCUGAAUACAACCAGGAGGUGGUUCUAAAAGAUGGAAGAAUUGAAAGACUGAAAUUAGAACUUGAAAGGAAAGAUGCUGAAAUUCAGAAGCUCAAAGCUGUGAUCACCCAGUGGGAGGCAAAGUAUAAAGAAGUAAAGGCAAGAAAUGGACAAUUACUAAAGAUGCUUCAGGAGGGAGAAAUGAAAGAUAAGGCAGAAAUACUUCUGCAAGUUGAUGAAUCACAGAGUAUCAAGAAUGAGCUAACCAUACAGGUGACUUCACUUCAUGCUGCUUUAGAACAAGAAAGAUCUAAAGUGAAAGUAUUACAGGCAGAAUUAGCCAAAUACCAGGGUGGCAGAAAAGGGAAAAGAAACUCUGAAUCUGACCACUGUAGGUGAUUACUUAGCCUUUAAAGUCAGCACAAGAGCUAAUAUUUACAGGAUUUUUGAAAAAAAAUGUGUAUAUUUAAUGCUGUCCAACUGCUUAACUAUGUGUUGUUUUUGAAGGAACUAAAAGCAACUAGCUCACUCCUAGUCUACAAUUUUAUGUUCUUUUGGUUUAACGUUAAAAGAAAAAAUAUAGAAUUCCAGCAGAACACAGUGAUUAUUGUUUACUACCCAAUCUUCAUAUCACUUUAGUUUUUCAUCAGUCAAUAAAAUCAAAUUACUUUACCACUAA